GACCACGCAUGCUGCGCUCGCCCGUUGCACGUUGUCCUGGUUGCGCGUGCUGUGCAGAGCUCUAUCCGGGCCAGGAACUUGGGGGCAACGAAGGCAAGGAGGAAACCUACCGGCAGCUUCACACGUCAAACGAGGACCCGUCGGCUGAGCAGCAAUGUCGUCUAGUGACAAAAAUUCCAGUGAUGACAACAACGUCAGGGUAGACGGCGAAGACACGACGGAAUGUUCCUACAGGACAGAAGAUACCAGUGACGAAAGCCCUACAAGUAGCUUGUUGAAUCAACGGAUAUGGGUCGUUCCUUUGGUGCUCGUUGGAUUUAUGGUGGCCCUCGUGUUUGCCGCCAUGGUUAUCACUUGGAACGAUGCUCCCCAAGCUGAUGGCCAUGACAGCGUGCACAUUUCUCAUCGACCACGACGAAGAACCAUUGGGUCAAAGGGUGACAUCGUAGAGACAGUCUCCGAAAUUGUAAAUGACAUCACGACAACGACGAUGACGAUCACUUCUGAAGCGUCGGAGGACGAGAUGACGAGUCGAGUUACCAGGAGGUGGACGAGGAAGAGGACCCGUCCUACAAAGGCGUCAACGAUGCCCCAUCCCCAGAAACACAAGAAAAAUAAGCAUACGACUGCAGAAGCGACAGCAUCUAUUGCCGUCGAUGAAGACGACAAUAAUUGACGACGCUUAUGAAAGCCAAAAUAGCUCUGGUUGUGGAACUUCAUAACGAAAAAGAAAAGUUGUUUGUCCAGUAGGGGGCAAUGAUUCGCAGUAUGUAUGCGACACGGAGAUAUAAAUUCAGUGAGGGACCCCCCGCAUGAAAAGUAUUUGGAACGGAUAAAUCGCAGAAACUGCAGCCCGCUCUCAGUGGAUGAGAUGUGCUCUGGAACCGCGAGUCAUUCGUGUCAGUUUCAGUUUUAUUUUGGAAGAAAGUAUAAGAUACAUGGUUUCAAGAGGACUGCGUGGGCAGGCCUGAAU